AUGUGUACUUUUUACUACAAGAAUAACGCUGUAUAUAUUAAUGAUCUUGAUCAACCAUAUCAUGAUGUUGUACAAUCAUAUAGCAAUAACCAUCAUCAGCAUCCAACUUCACAACCCAUAUUCGAUACCUCAACACCAAAAAAUUUAUCUAUUGAUAUGAGAGAUAAUCAAACUAAUACUAAUCCAGUAAUCACAUCAGUUAAACCAGAAAAGCCAUGGUCAUCUCAACAACAACAUAGUCAUUCAAGUAAAUCAGUACCCGCAUCAUUAAUGCGACCAGUAAUUUUAGAGGUUUUUGAGAAAUCGCCACUACCGCCACCUCCGCCACCACAACAAUUUCACCAUUCAAAACCAGUUAUUCGAAUACUUGACUAUUCGAAGGGGAUAUCACGUCCACCAAAACGUCGAUUAUACACACCACCGAUUUCGGAGAUUUUAUCACCACCGAAGCAGCACCGACCAAGACAAUCAUUACCAAAUAUUGUACGUAUUGAACAUCCACAAACUCAAGACUCGAUAUUCGAAAGGUCGAUAGAAAACUUUUCCUUAGCAUAA